AUGGAUUUCAUUUGUUGGUUCGGAUUGAGACUUGUGUAUAUGGAACGCCAAGUCGACAAUCAUUCUUUAAGUAUAUCUUCCAGUAUGGAACGUGGAAGAGAGAAUACUUAAAGAAUCUUAACCCAAAUGAACUCUAAGUGGGGAGCGGACAUGAAGGAUUUUUGA